AUGACUCUCAUGGAGCAACAAGUGCAGGUGAGUCCUUUGUGGAGCAUAGCGGUUGUCAGAGACAUGUUUUUCUAUAAAUACGUUCCAAAUUUUUUGGGCUUUAUCUUGUUUUAGCAGUUUUUUCGCUUAUCUUGAGAAAAUUUUCGGAUUUUUUGAAAGAUUACAGUAACCCAAUCCAGCCAAAUUGCUUGAUAAGGCAUAAUAAGGCCCUGGAUUUUUGAUAGACAAGUUUUUUUCCUGCAAACGUCGAUAUUUGCCGUAUUUUACCUUAUUUUAGUCAUUUUUAUCUUGUUUUGGCCAAAUUUUGCCAUUUUCUUGAAAAUUACAGUAAUCUAAAGGUUCAAAAUGAUGGAUUACAGAAGCUCAGGGUAUUAUCUCUCUUUCGGAUAUAGAAUUUGUAGAGAAAAAUUUAUUUUUGACAUACAUUUACCUUAUUCUAGCCAUUUUUCGACUGGUUUUGGUGAAAAAUCUUAAUUUUUGGUUAAAUUACAGUAAUCCAAGGCUCUAAAAGCGUCCAGAAAGCAAUUUAGGGACGUCAUAUAUCCGAUAGAUCUAUUUUCAACCCAAAAAAUGUCAGUUUUGACACAGAUUUACAUUAUUUUAGACAUGUUUCGGCUUAUUUUAGUGAAAAAUCUUAAUUUUUGGUCAAAUUACAGUAAUCCAAUGCUUUAAAAUUGUCCACAAAGCAAUUUUGGGGCGUUGUAUAUCCGAUAGAUUCAUUUGCAGCAGAAUAAAUCUCAGUUUUUGAGCAGUUUUAAGCAUAAGUCACCUUACUUUAGCCCUUUAAACCACGUCUUGUUCUAUGGCCCCGCGGCGCCGUCCUCUUCUCCACAAAUCUUCACGGACUUGGCGCCGGCAACGUACCAUCAGACAGUGUCCUGCUGGCCCUGCGAUUCGUCAUCUAUCACUUCCACCAUCAGCGAAAUCGCCUCGUAACUUACGGGGAUUGGCUGCGAAUCGCGGCGCUGAAAAUAAAUUUGAGCCGCGAAUGCGCGUUUCUGCUGUUCGCCGAGGCGCAGACCAUUAGUCCCGUCCAUCGCGAGCGCCGAAUCGCCUCCAACACGUCGGACAGCGAUCUGGAGAGCCGCGCCGACGUCCUCGGAUUGGUGGUCGCGCUGGCGUUGUUGGGCUGCGCACCGGAUGAAAAUGGCAACAGGAACGUGGCGAAAUACAUAAAAGACAAUUUGAGUAAGCAACAAGCCUUUGGGUAUUUGAUUUUCGGGUUUAGACCAAGAUUAAGGGACUUGGGAUAUUAUCCAUGAGGAAAUUGAUGAUUUGCUUGGAUUUUUGAGGAGUUUUUGGAAGGCUUUUGGUGUGGAAAGACCUUGUAGAGGUCUGUAGUUUUCAUUGAGACCCCUUUUUCCAGAAUUUUCACUAAAAAUUAUAUUAUCCAUGACGAAAAUUGAUGAUUUUUUUGAAUUCUUUAGGGGUUUUUGGAGGGUUUUUUGGUGUGAAAGGAUCUUGUAAAGGUCUGUAGUUUCGAGUGGCACCUUUUUUUCAAGAAUUUUCACCAAAAAUUAUAUUAUCCAUGACAAAAAUUGAUGAUUUUCUUGGACUUUUUGAGGGGUUUUUGGAAGGUUUUUGGUGUGAAAGGAUCUUGUAAAGGUCUGUAGACUCGAUUGACACCCCUUUUUCCAGAAUUGUCACUAAAAAUUAUAUUAUCCAUGACAAAAAUUGAUGAUUUUUUAAAAAUUUCUUGGGUUUUUUGGAAGGUUUUUGGUGUGAAAGGAUCUUGUAAAGGUCUGUAGUUUUGAUUGGCAUCUAGUUUUCGAGAAUUCUGACCAAAAAUUAUAUUAUCCAUGGCAAAAAUUGCUGAUUUUUUUGAAUUUUUGAGGGGUUUUCGGAAGGUUUUUGAUGUGAAGGAGCUUUUUAGAGGUCUGUAGUUUCGAUUAACGUAUUUUACCCGUUCCCAACCAAAAAUUAUAUUCACCAUGGUUUCAGAUGUGUUCCUCAGCUGCCUGCUCCUUUGCAACUACGCGCUGGCCUCCGAAAACAUCACCAGCUCGAGGCUGGAGCAGAUCCCACGUCUGGACUUGAUUCCGGCCACCGCGCUCAGCAAUUUGGACGUGCUUUUCGAGGGCACACUGCGGACGGAGAAGCAGAUGAGCACCGUCGGCGUGAUCCCGACCUCGAUUAGUGCUUUGCUCAUGGCCGUAAUGCACUGGGAAUUGAAGGAUCAGGUGGGAAAUUGAAGAUCUUGGGGGAUUUUUGCAAUGCCAAGACGAAUUCGGGAAUCGGAGGUUUUCGUGGUGGGGCCCAAAAAUUGUGGAAAAGAUUUAAUUUUGGGCUCUGGAAGAGAAAUAUUCUUGUUUAGAGCUUGAAAAAGCUUGUGAAGGGAGUUUCUAAACCCAAUGAACAAGAUUUUACGCAAUGCCAAAGAUCAGGCGUUCGUGGUGGGACCUAAAAAUUGUGGAAAAAAUUUCUGUUUCGGGUUCUGGAAGAGAAAUAUUCUUGUUUAGAGCGCGAGAAGUCGUGUGAAUAGAGUUUAUGUACCCUAUGAGCAGGAUUUUAUGCGAUGCCAGAAAUCAAGUAUUCGUGGUGGGACUCAAAAAUUGUGGAAGAAGUUUUGAUUUUGGGCCCUGGAGGCAAAAUAUGUUUGUCUAGAGCUCGAGAAAUUUUGUGAAGAGAGUUUCUGAACCCAAUGGGUAAGGUUUUAUGCAAUGCCAGAAAUCAGGUAUUCGUGGUGGGGCCCAAAAUCAAAAAUAAAAAUCGGCGUAAAAAAGUAGGAUCAAGGCGAGUAAAAUUGGAGCUUGCAUGAUCCAAAAAUAUUAAUUUUGCAGCCAAAACAGUCAUUUUUUUACCUUUUUAGAAUGUCAAGUAUAAUAUAAUUUUUUCCAGAUUCCAAUGCAAGACCUCCUCGAAAUCUUUCGAAAAACCCUCCAAACGGAUAUGUUCUCACUUGAUGACAUCGCAACGACCAUUUCGACGGCCAAGUCGGAGGAGUCGACCAGUCGAACAAUGACGUCAACGCAGCUGGCGGAACAUCGAAAAAUCACCGUCCGCCGAUGGUCCCAUAUUGAAUUAUUGACGAAACAUGCAUACCGUGGAGCUAACUUGAGAAUCAAGGUAAAUUUUUUGGUUUUUACACGGAUUUUUUUUUAUUUUUGGGUCCCGCAGCGAAAAUUUGAUUUUGAAUUUUUUGGUCUAACUCUUCGAUAAAAUGAAAUUUUGUGUGUUUCAGGGCCCCCACAAGGACGGAUCGGUUCUGAUUUGCCCCAGGGCCAUGAGAUCGGCGUUAAUUAAGGACAUCCGGUCGAGUGGUCCCAUCAUUUUGGGCCCAAUAAAUGGCCUCCUGAUCCUGGAUGGGCUGGAAAAUUUGCAUGUCUCCGCGAUAUGCGAGAGGAUUAUCAUCCAGAAUUGCAAAGAGAUUACGGUAUUUCUGAAUACUCGAACCUCCCCGGCCAUCGGAAGGAACUGCCAACAGAUCCGGCUGGCUCCAUACAACACGUAUUUUGAUGUAAGUUGGAGGUGUUUUUUAGAAAGAUUUUGAGGCGAAAAAGUUGAUUGCGGUUUCUAGGGUUAUGGGACAGACUUUGGAGACAGUACUUGACAAGGAGACUAUAAAAAUCGAGGAUUUUUGGAUCAAGGUCCUCAUGGAUAAUAUAAAAUUAAUGGCUAAGAGUAAUUUAGCAAUGAUUUUUGGCGUGGAAUAAGGAUAUUAGAGCGUGUUUGGAGGUACAGAAGCAAUUUUGCGAUCAAAAAUGAUUAGAUUCAUAGCUUAGAACAGAAUGCCAGAAAUGGCGGAAAAUUUCGAUUUUUGAAUUUUAAAUCAAUUUUUAUAAAGCGGAAAUGGAGCAAAUAGGUGGACAGGAUGACUUGAGAAUAGUGAUAGUGAUUCGGACAGAGCUGUAUAAAUAUGUUUUUUUUUGGACUUUCAGUAAGUCAUGGAUAAUAUAAUUUCGUUUGUUCGAAAAAGAACAAAAAUUGAGGGAAAUAAUAUUUAUUUUGAUAUGAGUAACAUGUAUACAGCUAGCACUGUCAAUUCUAUGAUUUUCCAAGUCCGUAUUUGAGGUUAGAACAGAAUGCCAAAAAUGGCGGGAAAUUUGAAAUUUGAAUUUUUUCUUUGAAAAUGGUCCGAAAACUCGUUAUUAUUUCUUGGCAUAUUUUUGCAUGUCGAUGUGAUGCUUUUUAGGGUCUAUUCCAAGAGCUACAGUACUCUGGAUUAAUGUUGUUGAGCGGCAAUGAAAACCGUUGGGAUCAGCCGAUUCAAGUGGACUCAAUCCAACUAAAACCGGGUCCUCCACCCCUCCGAGUAUGGAGUUUCUUGCCGCUGGAUGCAUUUUACAUUCAGCCGACACCGUUCCCCACGAAUAAAGGCUCAACUCUUCAUGAUGUAAGAAAAAUUUAUGUUAUACCAGGGGUUUUGGAGGAAAUUUGUUUAAAAAGUGACUAAAAACGGGUUGAAAAUGAACGAAUUUUGCAUUUUAGUACUUCCUACGGUCCAUCCCCGCGAUGUACUUGGACAGUUUCGAGGAGCGAAUGCGGUCCGCUGAGCUGUGGCUGCAGCGAAACCCGGAAAAUCGGCUGAUUGGCGUCCCGGAAAAAGAUCGAGAAUAUCUAAAACAUCGUGUCAGCCUGUCGCAAUGA